UGUUUCACAUCCUGCAAUACGCCUCAGAGGCCAUGACGCUGCAGGGUCAUAAACCCGUAAGUACAGGCUACAGAAGUGUCACUUUCCACACAGAAGUCAAGGGACAAGAACUCCACUGCAGAUAUGAGCCAAGUUCUGGACAUUGAGCGCUGUGAUCUGAACAUUAAGAGCAACAUCAGCACUCAUCAUACACACUUGAAUGGAGACAAGCAUUUGAUUGUCAGGAGGGGACAGCCCUUCAUCAUUACUUUACAUUUGAAACCUGGCAGCACAAAGUUCAAACUGGGUGAGACCAGCUUCACACUCAUCGCUGAAACAGGUCCAUUACCCAGAGAAGAAUCAGGCACUAAGGUUUCCUUCAGCCUACGCGACUCCACAGUAGACACUGAGUGGAGCGCAUCUGCCAUUAAUGAUCCCUCUGGAAACACAGUAUCUCUGUCUAUCAGUUCUUCCCCCGACUCCCCCAUAGGGAUUUAUUCUCUGAUUCUGGACCAGAACGGGCAUAAGACGGGCUUAGGCCAGUUCAUUCUGCUUUUUAAUGCUUGGUGCCCCAGAGAUGCUGUGUACAUGGGCAGUGAGACGAAGAGACAAGAGUAUGUUUUAUCACAGCAUGGCCAGAUCUACAGAGGAACAUAUAAACACAUCAAAGGGACACCCUGGAACUUCGGACAGUUUGAGCCAGGAAUACUGGACAUCUGUCUGAAGAUUCUGGAUGAAAACCCCAAAUUUGUGUCUGAUGCUGACAAGGACUGCUCUGCUAGAAGAAACCCCAUCUAUGUGACCAGAGUGCUAAGUGCCAUGAUCAACAGUAAUAAUGACAGCGGUGUGCUUGUAGGAAAGUGGGGUGAGGUUUCAGAGGGAGUUCAUCCAGGGAAGUGGGUCGGCAGCGGGGCCAUUCUGCGUCAGUGGGCAAAAAGUGGCCCUGUCCGCUAUGGCCAGUGUUGGGUCUUUGCUGCCGUUGCAUGCACAGUGUCCCGUGCCCUGGGCAUCCCAUGUCGAGUGGUAACUAAUUUUCGAUCAGCACAUGAUACUGACGCUAACCUGGUGAUAGAAAACCUCUAUGGUGAAGAUGGCGAAAGAAUUUCUAAUGAUUCAAUAUGGAACUUCCAUGUUUGGGUGGAUAGCUGGAUGACUCGUCCAGACUUGGGGCCAGAGUUUGAUGGGUGGCAAACCAGUGACCCAACCCCACAGGAAACAAGUGAUGGUGUUUUCUGCUGCGGACCAGCCUCACUCAGGGCCAUCAGGAAAGGAGAGCUGACCAAGAAGUAUGACGCUCCCUUUAUUUUUGCUGAGGUUAACGCAGAUGUCGUGGACUUGGUGCGCAUGUCAGAUGGACAGAUUGUGAAGUUCAGUGGAUCAACUAAGUCUGUUGGACGCUGUAUCAGCACCAAAGCUGUGGGCUCAGAUGAGAGGCAUGACAUCACACACCAGUACAAGUAUCCAGAAGGGUCAAAGAAGGAGAGGCAGGUGUAUGAGAAGGCCCAGCACCACAACAAGCUACAGCAGCAAGGAGAAGAGCCGGGGUUUCAUCUCAAGAUCAAGCUGGCUGACAACAUGAUCAUGGGCUCAGACUUUGAAGUGUGUGCCGUGCUCACUAACAACAGCACAGAGACAAGGACCUGCACUUUUUUGUUCAACACCAGAGCCGUCAGCUACAACGGAAGCCAAGGACAGAGCUGUGGGUUUGCGUCAGACAAAGUGGAGGUGCCCCCUGGAAAACAAAGGCUCCUGAACCUCAGAUUGGAGUAUGACAGUUAUGGAUCAGUGAUCACCUCUGACAGGUUGAUCCAGCUGUCAGCCAUCACAAUCGACAAGCAGACCAAUCAAUACCAUAAGGCUGAGAAGACCAUUGUGCUAGAUGAGCCAGAUAUAAAGAUCAAGCUGACUGGAGAAGCCGUAGUGAACCAGCCUGUGACGGCAGAGCUGACCUUAUUGAACCCUCUACCGGAGCCACUGCAGGACUGCAGCUUCACCAUACAGGGGGUUGGUAAAACAGCAAAAAUUGGAGCUGUGGGCCCCAAACAGGAAGCUAAAGCCCGCCUGGAGUUCACUCCCACUGCUGCCGGCUCUAGUGUGCUGCUGGUGAACUUUGACAGUGACAAAGUGAGGAAUAUCAAGAGUUUCAUCAAUGUUGUUGUGAAAGAAUGAACCGGUGCAGUAAUCUAACAACAGUAACAGCUUUUUAAAAUGUUAUUGUUUAAUUGGAGACAGGGGCACUUAACUUUUUAAAUCAAUUUCUCAUUUUUAUCCAGUUGUUUUACUAGAAUAUACAAUACUACUCUUAAUACAAAUACUAUUAAUAUACCCUUUGGCUGUGACUAUCCCGGCCAAAGCUUUAAGUAAAGCAACUUUUUUUAAUAGUGGCAGCAGUCUACUUUCUCACCUCUUUUCUGGAAACAUUUUGUUGUUGAUGAUGCACACACAAAUCCAGUUUGCUCAGGAAAAAUAAUUUUUUAUAAAAUAAGAUGUUUUAGUCUGUGUAUUAUGUGCCUCGUGGGCCUCUUGUAUCUGCAGAUAAUGCUCUCUCCUCAUAUAAAGUCUGGUAAAUUACAUUGUCUUUCAUAAUGAGUGGCUGAAAGUGGCUGGGGGAAUUCAAAAACUAUUUAAUGAAAGGGAAGGGGGAUACAAUUUAAGGGGUCAGUUAAAUUAA